CCCAGACUAGACUACAACAGCAGCAAUAUGAGAGUAGUCCUCUAUUAGAACUCAUCAUUUGAGGCCAUGUUGCGGUCUUGUAAAUAAGCGACUAUUGUCCAUUUGUUGACACAAAACCGCCUGUUAUAACUUACUUGUUCUUGCUGAAGUAUCCUUCAUACGAUCAACCCGCCCUGUCUUCUUUACGAUCUCCACCGCAAGCGCUUGCUGAGGCUCAAGCUGCAGGGGGGUACAGCAAAACCGCAAGAUCUGUGUUCUUAAUUGUUUCGUGCUCACUAUUGUUCUCUAUUUAUAUAACAACUCAAUAAAUUCCUUGCUCAGCAGCUACCAGUUUGUUCAAAUGGAUUCUUCUUUUCCACAUCUGCCGCCCCCGAAUGAUGACGCUCCAAAUGGCCUGUCAAAUGGACGUCUUAUAGUACAGCAAUAUGCCAAGAAUCCUUCGUCCAACGAUCCUGGAUUGCAAAACAUUUCCCCACCGGCAAACUUUCAAAAUCACAGGUUGGAUCAAGCAAUGUCGCCCUCCACUAUUAGACGAGAAACCCCUCGUAUUACUCAGUCAUCCCCUGGGAAUCCCCGCUCGGCAGCAAAUCCCAAUCCCCAAACUCGUUCUGCGAUAUCUACGUUCCCCACGUUUUCAGUAUCUUCUCGGGACGAGCACCUUGAAACCACAACGUCUGUAGAAACACGUUCAUUACCUUCGCCAGACAUUACUGACACGACGAUUGAUGAUGCAUAUGUUUCCUUUAUUCUCUAUUGUAACCGAUGUGUACCCCCCGGAACUAAUACCACUGAAUUACGGAAGAUAUUUCGUAUGCCGCCACGAAGCGAGGGUAAAAGCUUUUGUAUAUUUACACUGUGGCAGCUUAUUCAAAAGCUUGACCGCAAAGAACUGAAGACAUGGAUCCAGCUGGCAAUUGAACUAGGAGUCGAACCGCCAUCAGUUGAGAAGAAACAAAGUACUCAAAAAGUCCAACAGUACGCCGUGCGGCUAAAGCGAUGGAUGCGUGCUAUGCAUGUGGAUGCCUUUUUUGAAUACUGUCUGGGACAUGAACAUCUAUACUAUACCCAGCUAACCUCUUCAACCGAGCCCAACGCGGAAAGUCGUGACGGUGUACCGCGAGAAGAAGAUCUGGCUCUAAGAGCGCUUUUUCCUGAAUGGAAGCCUAAAAAGGGUCGAAAAAGAGCGGAGGCUGUGGAAUUGGAUGAUGCAAAGUCUUCUAAGCGACCUCAUCUGAACAUACCAUCCGUUGGGUUGGAAAGUAGCGGAUUGAAUUACAACCCGGAAACAUUUCCUCACUCAGGAUUCCAACAGUCUGCAAUCCCUUGGAGCGCCUUUCCAGACCAUUUAGAACAGCAUGACCCCUUUGGGCCUCAUUCUGCCCUCACCGGAACGACUCAGGCAGAUAAUCCGCUCAAUCAUCACCCACUUGGCCCUCGGGAAACUGACUCGCGCUGGCGUGUACCGGUGCGAGAAAUCUCUCCAGCACUACAAUAUCCCCAGUCAGCGAUUAUUCCUCGGUACCGUGAUGCAUCAGAGAUUCCUAUGUCAAUCGAACCUCGGUCCGCCGUAAGUCCAUCCUCGAUUGACAGAGUCGGUAGCAGACGACGUCGUGGGCCUGCGAUUUCCUCCGCAUGGUCCGUCGCUGGCAACCUAAACAAUGGUAAGACCAGAGGUCGUCCGGGGGCCAGUCGAAUAACCCAAAAUGGACCAUUUUCAACUUUCUCGGUGCAGCCAAAAGAUAAACACACUGAAUCGUUACGUACCGAUCCAGAACGCACGGAACAGAAUCAUCAGGGGUUAAUCGAAAGGAACAGAACGAAUAGUACACUUACCGGAGAUAGUGAAUCGCCCGCCUUGGCCCCUUCCUUCCAACCCCACAGCAGACCGACCAGACUGCAAUUACAAGUGCCUCAGCACUUAGGAGCGCCUGUACGACUAGCUACUCCGCCAACGGUUCUGGUGAGUGGAGAAAACGGAAGAUCUUCCGUCACAGCCGGCGAACAUGUACGUCAAGAUUUGAGCGAAAUUGAGAGAAGCCAGCAAAUUACUCAUAAUCGGCCCUUAUCUCCUGCAUAUGGGCAACGGCAAUCAUCAUCCGAAGUGGACUUCACACUCCAUGAUGUGGUUCAAGCCUUUUCGGUUCACGUACACCAAGGGACGCUUUUAAACCGGGACGUCCCCCUUAGUCGUAAAGAAUCGAAAACCAUCGCCGAAACGGUGCUUAGACAUGUGUUGACUGUGUGCAGCUCCGGCCUCCCGAGCAAUGUGAAGAAAAUCUACUGCGCAACGUGCCUUGGAGUUGGCUAUAAACUAGGGUUGGGAGGCUACCCCCCAGGACAACUUACUAUUACAGCAUACGCCGACAAUACCAAUAAGAAACAGCUCGGGACUUCGUCCACAUUGGCGUCACCCUGGGCAGGGAGCUACUUGGCCUCUGAUCUAUUCGGCGGGUUUAAGUAUAUUCUUAGUUAUGGCCUCACCGUUUCAACUGGGCUUACGACACACACGACCAUUCCAGGCGGCCAGAAUGAGGAGCUACCACUUGCCCCUACAGUAAUGACUCUUUUGGCUGAUGACUAUCAAUCGGAUGAUGAUAUAAUCAAUGAACCUGCUACUGAAGCAAUAUGGAAACAGCGAUAUUUGAAUCUGCUGAAACAACACCGAAAGAAGGACCUGGCUCUUACCAACUACAAGAAGAAGAUCCUUGAGGCUGUGAUGGAAGGUAUAUAAACUUGCAGACCUUCUUCUAACGGAACCCGCUAUCUACCUGUAUAUGCCCAUUCCGGCUAAAUGUCUAAUCUAUUAUUGAUAUUUGGUGGGUCUACUCACAGACCAACUAUCGAGCGAGCCUUAUGCUGGUUAAGUUGCUCAUUUUACUAUAUACCCCGAUUCGCGUUUCGGUUGUUUUCCUCUUUUCUUUUCAUUCUUUUGUCUUCAUGAAGAUUUUCUCUACAUUUUCUACAUCGUUAUGUACCAUUUAUGCCAAGGGCUAAAUUUGAUAUAUACCCCUUCUUGUUCUAGCAAUCUAUUCUAGACGUUUGCUUAUAUGCUUGUGGAGCAUUUGUAUACCUGCUAUAUAUCCCAUGGUCUAUACCCGCCGAUGAGUUCAUCUAUAUUUGUAUCGAUGAAAUUUUGUUCCUGCUGGGCUUUGCCUUUCUCCGUUGUUUUCUGGAUGCGCAAAGUAUUAUACGCUAUUGCUUUGACAUGCCUACAAUUCCCUUUGGCCGCUGGUCACAAUUAUACGAAGUGAAAGGAUCGGAAGCCUGCAUUUUCAAGAUAUUGGGCAGUUUGGGAAUGCACAAUUUUGGCAUGGUUUUACACCUGUAGUUUAAUUCUCCACACGGGCUAUGAAUCCCUACUUGAGCGUAAUUCUAUGCCUAAAAACCAUCUCUGUCAAUUUCCAUGAAUUAUUCCAUCCCUUUCACGACGAAAUAUUUCAUUCCCUAUUCCGGAUUUCCUUUCAACGUGGCUUCCAGUGCAGACCAAAAAUACGUCUUCUUUGUUGCUUGUCACCACCAGGUGCUUUCGACAUAAUCACAGCGCUAUGGGAAAGGAACAUCACCCCCCCAUUUCUCACAAUUUGGCCAACCUCUUAGGGGUCUUCUCACAGGCAAAGGUAUCCCUUAUCCACCAAUCGCAGCACAUUCAUUAACCCCCACUCUAUUCCUCGUCGGUCCGUCCAGUAUCCCCAAAACCUCCUUCUCGGCACCAUUAAUAUCGUACUCUCUGCUUUCAUCCUCAGGGUUCCCAUUCUCCCCCAAACCACCUGAAACACGCUGCUUACAUGCGGUAUUGAUGGCACAAAAUUGGCUAUACAACUCUCGAUCCUCUCGGUCCAGAUUCCCUCCGACACCUCCGGAACCCUCAGACAAAAGCGGGUCGUUCCCGGAUGUCACCAUUGCUUUUUCAGUCUCUUCAAAGGUCUUAUCACCACUAUCCCCCUUUUUGACAUGUGCAUUGCUAUCAGUGCUCUCAUGAGUGUAAUCAGCACUGCCAACCAACUUUUCACUCUUGGUUUUCUUAGGGGUGCCAUUGGCUUGGCCCAUGGUCUUGCGCUUGCGGGUGGACGGGGUCUUGGUGCCAGUGGUGCUAUUUCCUUUAGUUGGAGUUUUUGGGGUCGACUUUUUGGGGGUGGUUCUAUUGAAGUUGGGUUCCUGUGGAGAAGGAGUAUCUGGUCCUGCUGCUGGACCGCCGUUCGGGUUGAUGCCAUUGGCUUUCAUUAAGCGCUCGUAGCGCUUGGCUCUGUUAGAUGAUGGUCAGCGCCAUUCCAGGCUAAAUUGUGACCGGGCAUGCAGGACUGGGUUUGGUGAUGUGAGGCUAAAUGCGAAUCCAUGUAUCGACAGGGGACGUGCAUCGAAUAGCAUGUCAUGGGCACAUUUAUAAUAUGACUUCACUGUGCACGUUCUCAAGUAUGACUUACGCUGCGCCCUUACUGACGAUGUUGCAUUCGCGAGCCACCUGAUCGAAAUCCACCUAAUGAAUUACCAUCAUUAGCAUGUUCUAACUGUUGCUAUGAGGCCGGCAAAUAGUGUGUGGUCGUGGAAAGAAACGAAACAUAUUGAGUAAAUUGAGGAUUACCUUGCCGUUGCUCGAAUACUUGACACAUUUCAGCAAGAAGUUAAGCUGCUCAUCACUCCCGGCGGGCAUUUUCUAGGCUAUUGGUUUUCUGGGAAAUGAUAGAGUGAAGCCUAAAAACGAAUAAUUGGAGCUCAAUUGAGGAGGGAUCUGAAGUUUGAGCUCACUGUUCUACAAGAAAGUCAGGGAUGAGUGUUAGUUUGCCAAACAUGGCUUUGUCAGGGACAGAUGUUGGCACCAGAACUGAAAGCAUACUGUUGAAAGUUCACUGAGCAACUGUUUCUAAUCUGAGCAAUAGAACCCAAGAAUCUGUUUGCUGAGUACAAGGAGAUGUACGAAGAUGACUUGAUGAGUGCUUUGUUAACAAACCGUGAAUGAGAGGAAGACUUAAAAGUGAGAGAUAUUUAAUAUCUAGAUUCAAGCUUGACCGGCGUGAAGGGAUGCUGCAUCAAAGAAACCCUUCUUGAGAUGUAGAAGAAGAUAGAGUACUAGAGUUGUAUAAUCAACUAAGAGAGGUGCUGACAGCGAACAACCCUGAGAAGUUGAAAAAUAGGCAAAAAUAACAACACUUCAGGUUCAUUGGUGGCAUUCAUUCACCCAUCCAGAACAUGAUGGACGAACACAUAGAGUAAAUUUUAUAAAGGAAGACUAGACAUUUGAUAAUCCCUCUACCAAAUAAUUUGCAGUAGAUUAAACUUUUUGCACCAGAUUAGUUGUCGAGGGGAUCUAGAAUGGUGGCUAUCAGCCGGGGCAGAACAGUAGUUCAUCCCGAA